AUGUGUGCCGUCCGUGUGGUAACGAUGGAAUGGUCGGCAGCCGUGGACGAGGUGGUGGUGUACUCGGUGAGCUGGGAGGUGCGCGGCGCGGCGCUGAAUGCGAGCGUCGCGGCGGGCGACGCGAGCGAGACGGGCGAGGCAGGCGCGUCGGGCGAGGCGGGCGAGACGGGCGAGGCGGGCGAGACGAGCGAGGCGGGCGAGGCGGGCGUGGCGGGCGUGGCCGACGAGCGCGGGCUGCUGCCGCCCGUGCCGCAGCUGUCGAUGGCGUCGGCGCUGGCGUACGACGCGGCCGCCGAGCUGCUGUUCUGGGUGGACGCGGAGGCGGCGCGCGUGUGGCGCGUGCGGCGCGACGGCGGCGGGCGCGCGCUGCUGGAGGACGCGGGCGAGGGCGCGGGCGCGGCGGACUGGCCGGCCGCGCUGGCGGCGGACUGGCGCGCGCGCAACGUGUACUGGUCGGACCCGCGGCGCGCGCUGGUGCUGGUGGCGCGCUACGACGGCGCGCACCGCUACGUGCUGCUGGACAGCGACCCGCUCGCCGUCACCUCGAUGGCGAUAGACCCGGUGGAGGGCUGGCUGUUCCUGGCGGGCGGCGGCUGGAUCCAGCGCGCGCGGCUGGACGGCGGCCAGCGCGGCCUGCUGUACAACGGCUCGGCCGUGGGCGACGUGGCGGCGGACGGCGCCGCGCGCCGCCUGUACUGGCUGGAGCCGGGCGGCGCGCGCCUGUGGGCCGCCGACUACGACGGCGCGCGUCGCGGCCUGCUGGCGCAGCUGCCGGCGCAGCGCCACCACCCCGUGGCGCUGGCGGUGUACGGCGCCUCGCUGUACUGGCUGGACACGUCGGCCGGGCGCGGCAGCGUGCUGGCGGCGCCGCUGGCCAACCUGACGCAGCUGCGGGUGCUGCGCGACAACCUCGGAGACAGCCUCAAGGACAUCGCGGUGUGGGCGCGCGCGGCGCAGCCGGCGGGCGGCGCAUGCGCGGCGGCGCGCUGCGAGGCGCUGUGUCUGGCCGCGCCCGCGCCGCGCUGCGUCUGUCCGCACGGCCGCCUGGCGCCCGACGGCCGCAACUGUACGCGUGAGUACCGCCCCGCCCGCCCCGCCGCCCGACCGCCGCCCUACACCGCCCGCUUCUGUCCGCAGCGUACGACUCGUUCCUCGUGUACUCGCGCGUCACUGAGAUCGACACCAUUCACCUGCUGGACGAGAAGGACCUCAACUCCCCCUACAAGCCCAUCCGAGACAAGUGAGUGCCCGCCCGCGGCCGCAGCGCGCUGGCCGCGGGCGGGCACUCACUGGGAACUGAUGCCGCGCAGGGAGCUGAUGCGGAACGCUAUCAGCCUGGCGUACGACGGCACGCUGUACUGGAGCAGCACGGCCGGCGCCCUGCGCGCCGCGCGCCCCGCCGCGCCCGCCCCGCGCCCCGCCACCGUGCUGCGCCUGGGGCCCGGCGCGCGCCCGCGCGGCCUCGACUACGAGCCCUGCGAGCGGCGCCUGUACUGGACCAACUGGAACGAGUCGCAGCCCAGCAUCCAGCGCGCCUACGCCAGCGGCCGCGGCCUGCAGACCGUGGUGGCCACGCACAUCCUGAUGCCCAACGGGCUGGCGCUGGACCACGCCGCCAAGAAGCUGUACUGGGCCGACGCGCGCCUGGACAAGAUCGAGCGCAUGCAGUACGACGGCUCGCAGCGCCGCGUGGUGACGCGCACCAGCACGGAGCACCCGUUCGACCUGGCCGUGGCCGGGCCCUGGCUGUACUGGACGGACUGGCUGGCGCACGGCGUGUUCCGCGCCGACAAGCUUGCGGGCGGCGCCACGGCGCUGCGCCGCGACGUGCCGCGCCCCAUGGCCAUCCUCGCCGUGCUGCCGCAGCACCAGACCUGAACCCUUCUCUUCCUUCGCAUCAUUGACUGA